CUAGCCGCCACUUUUCUUCUCGGAGCCCUUAUAAAUCUCUUUGCUUGAAGUUUGCUCUCAUCACUUUGAAAUCAGAUAUGGCGGCUGUCUCAAAGAUAAACCAGCUUCCUGACGAACUUCUCGCCUUGAUAUUCUCUCCCGGUAUUCGUAACUUGUCGUCCGACGAACAUCAGCCCCUCCUGGCUCUGAUAUGCAGCGUCUGUCGCCACUGGCGAAAUGUUGCUAUCGAGGCCUCUGAAUUAUGGACCACCAUUCACAUUUCCUUGGAACGACACAUUCCAGCUGCCCAGGCAUUCUUAGAACGGUCAAAGGGCCGCCUCAUCGACUUAGAUAUCAAGGCACUUAACGCUGAUUCCGUGAGUUCUGCCCGCGAAGCCGCUGUGAUAACUGCACCACACAUCUCUCGCGUUCGGACUUUGGCGAUGACUGUGGCACAUUUCAGUACCUACACCAUAUUUUCGGAUGCUUACCACUUCAUCUCCGCCACAAAUCUCACUAGCCUUUCUGUCAAUGUCAUAGGUUAUCUGUGGCCAUUACCGGGACCUUUUCCACUCUUUGCGAGUGCCAACUCCCUUUGUCAUUUUAAUACUCAGGGACAUCUCAUAAAUGUCGUUUCUUCAAGGACCAGUCUCACCACACUGGAGCUCAGCAAUUAUUCUCCGACCCAUGCAGACAUCAAGAAUUUGUUUUUCGAAUCGCCAUGUCUUGAAACACUUAUCCUACACGGGUUUGAUACAAACGAGCAACUGGAUUUCGGAAAUGAAGAUGACACUCCUUUCAUCAUCACCGUGCCAACUUCUUUGAAAUCCCUAGCAGUCUCUUUGUAUCACCCGCAUAGCAAUGGCACGGGCUCGUGUGACUGCGUUCUUAGUUCAUUAUGUAUUCCAAACCUGGAAUAUCUAGAGGUGGUCGGCAAUACCGUCUUGGAUAUCGGCUUUAAUGUUCACUUUGGGGAGCUGGCCAAGUUGCAGACGCUGCGUAUCCAACGUUGUGCUGUAACAUUGGCGGAUAAAGAGUUCUUCCUCUCGCUGAAGGAGCUGAGACAUUUGGAGUUGGUGGACAUGUCAUCUGAGUUGGAUAUACAACAUAUUACAGGAAUUUCACCAGACGACCCCCCGUCAUCUUCAUUCUCCUCUUUUCCUCAUCUAUCCUCUGUCUUCUUUUCUACGGAAGGAGAAUACACGCAGAGCGCGUUCCAGCUACUACAGCUCGCUGAGCGUCGUGUUGCAGCCGGAUGUCCUCGUUUCACACUUGAAGUCGAACAAGCGCAUUCCGAAGAAUUUUCUAAAGCCAUCCAGUCAUUUAUCCAGGAUGUGCGCAUUUGCGUUGCAGAGAGUGAUGGCUCAGCUGGUCUGAUACAAUCAAUGGGUGAUAUGAUAGAUGACCACCUUUUCGGGGACCAGGAUGAGGAGGAGAUGGACGAAGAUGUGCAUGAAUGGGAGCCUGAGUAUGAGGAAUGGGGUGAAGAAGAGUAUGAUGCAUUUGAAUCCGAAGACGAGUUUUAUGGUGAGGAUCCUCCUGCUACAUAUAUGUAGUAUAGUGAUGCCUACUUAUGUAACCUUAUUUCUUGGUAAACAUUUUGGUCCGGAACGAACGAAACAAAAUGUAUUAGUGCGCUGCAGU